ACACACACUCUCUCUCUCUCUCUCUCUCUCUCUCUCUCUCUCUCUCUCUCUCUCUCUCUCCAAGACUACUUAUUUCAGCUUUCCUUUUCACGUUUAUGGAAACCUUCAGUUCAGAGUCAUAUUUCCAGCAGUCAGCCCGUCAAGCUAUUUCCGACGAGGAAUCGUUCGCCACGGUGGCAACCAGUCUUCCGAAGCGGAGGGCAGGGCGCAAGAAAUUCCAGGAGACGCGGCAUCCGGUUUACAAGGGAAUCAGGCUGAAGAACCGUGAGAAAUGGGUAUGUGAAAUUCGUGAACCGAACAAGAAAUCAAGGAUAUGGCUCGGGACGUUUCCAACAGCUGAGAUGGCUGCUCGGGCUCAUGAUGUUGCGGCCUUGGCUCUUAGAGGCCGAUCGGCAUGCCUCAAUUUCGCCGACUCAGCUCAGGUUUUACGUGUGCCGACUUCCACCGAUGCCAAGGACAUACAAAAGGCGGCUGCUGAAGCUGCAGAAGCCUUCCGCCCACCUCCAACAAACUACAAUGCAGACUCCAGCAGCUCUGUUAGACUGGAGCAUGCCUCGCUUUCGCCGGAGUCUCUGUCAUAUAUGGAUUUGGAAGCUUUUGGUGAGCCGGAGUCGCUCUACGGCAUGGUUGGUGGACCGCUGCAUUCUCCCCCUCCACACCUGGAAGGUGGGUCCCAAUGGGAUGACGUGGAAGAAGAAGCUGACGUGUCACUAUGGAGUCACACCAUUUGAUUUUUAUUUUUUAUUAUUAU